AUGAUGAUGAUGAUGAUGAUGAUGAUGAUGAUGAUGAUGAUGAUGAUGAUGGUGAUGAUGUGUGAUGAUGAUGAUGAUGAUGAUGAUGAUGAUGAUGAUGAUGAUGAUGAUGGUGAUGAUGAUGAUGAUGAUGAUGAUGAUGAUGAUGAUGAUGAUGAUGAUCAUGAUCAUGAUCAUGAUGACUCGAAUGAUGAUGAUGAUGAUGAUCAUGAUGAUCAUCACUUCAGAGGAUGA